CAGAAGUUAGGAGAAGGUUUUACUCCACCCUCACAAAAUGAUGCAGAUCCAUUAUUUUUUUUAGCUUCAGGUUGCCCGAGAUCUGAACAAUUCACAGCCAUAACCCCGAGCUGGGAUAGAAAUGUUUUCUUUUUUUACUCUGAACUGGAAUUAUAACGAAAAAGAUGAACUGGUUUGACGACAAAAGUCAGUCAUUAAAGAUCUGCGAGAGCUUUUAUAUACGCCUUCAUCGAGACCAAGAGGUUGCACUGAGAAGACAUCAUCAGAAGAAAUAAAUACUGAAAGCUGAUAAAAAGCAUCACGACUGACCACUUUUUCUGACAAAAAGAGAGAUCAAGCAGUGUGAAGGAGCAGCCAAGCAUUAAAGGUACUUUGAAGGGAAUUAGGAGACCCAGAAGUCAGAGCAAUGGACUGGAAGACGUUCCAGGCCCUCCUUAGCGGGGUGAACAAGUACUCGACGGCGUUCGGUCGCAUCUGGCUCUCGGUGGUUUUCGUUUUCCGCGUCCUGGUGUACGUGGUGGCGGCAGAGCGGGUGUGGGGUGACGACCAGAAAGACUUUGACUGUAACAUCAGGCAGCCGGGUUGCGCCAACGUAUGCUACAAUGACUUCUUCCCCAUCUCGCACAUCCGCCUGUGGGCGCUGCAGCUCAUUUUCGUCACGUGCCCUUCGCUCCUUGUGGUCAUGCACGUGAAGUACCGGGAUGAACGAGAACGCAAGUACCGUGCCAAACACGGACCGGACGCCAAGCUUUACGAUGAUACAGGAAAGAAACACGGUGGCCUCUGGUGGACCUACCUACUCAGUCUCUUCGUCAAGACAGGUAUCGAGGUGGCCUUCCUGUACAUCCUCCACCACAUCUACCAUAGCUUUCAUCUGCCGCGAGUCGUCAAGUGUAAAAACUUCCCAUGCCCUAAUGUGGUAGACUGUUACAUCGGCCGGCCCACCGAAAAGAAGCUGUUCACCUACUUCAUGGUAGGUGCCUCAGCCGUAUGCAUCGUCCUCAACAUCUGUGAGAUCUUUUAUCUCCUGGCUAAGCGCAUCUCAAGCUGUACUAAGCGGAUGAGAAGACAUCCGGAGCGAUCUGCACCUCAGUACAGGCCUCGGUACCAGGAUAGCAACUGCACGCUGCCCUUGCAAGACCUGGACACCAAACCACAUUACAAGAACAAGAACAAGCUAGGUGUCCCAUCUAUGGAUUACAAAGCUAAUUACAUGAGGGCUUCGGCUCCUAACCUUAGCUUUGCCUAACUGUGAGAUCCACACAUCUGGAAAAAGAUAGACAAAGACCAUGCACUUUGAGCACAAUAAUAAGAUGAAAGGUGAAAUCUAAACUGGGCUCGACAAACCUUCGGAGCAUUUGUGAUGGAAUCUUUUCCAAGGCAGAGAUGAAGGAGAAAAAGCAGAAAGAUAGAGAGAACCAUUCCCAAGUCUCAAACUUCUUUUCCUUGCCUUUUUUUUCAUUCAUCCUGAAUUGACAGAACAAUCGACAGAAGCACUUUAUUAGAAGAUCUACAGCUCAGACGGAUCAGGUCUCAUCAGACUAGCAAUGCCGCAAUGUUUGGAUCGUUCCAAAUGAUUUCCAGAGAUUUGUAACUACACAAAGCUAAAUUUGAGUCUCAUUGAGUCAAAUCAAAGCUUCUCCAGUCGUAGCUUGUUUUUAUUUUGUCUGACUUUUUAUCAAUUGCUUUUGUCCAAGCACUUUUUUUUUGUUCUCCAUUAAGGAUUUCCUGUGCAACUCUGAACACCUGCUACUUUUCUCUUUUCGUACUUUGCUCUUUUCUACCCCUCCCUUUAACAUUCUAAAUGUUCCUGUUUUUACCUUCUAUUUCCAAUGGACAUUGAUAUGAUUUAAAACUUGUUCCAGAAGCGAAGAAAGACAAGUUAUUGCAAGGACAGAAUUGACCUCAUUAUUCAUCAUGGCUGCAAUCAAAAAGAACAAGUCUCUAAAACCUCGUCUGAAGGGUUCAGAAUAUCUACAUUGGGGAGGCUCUCGUUGCAUUCCACUUCAAUGUCUUUACACAAUGAUUUACACCAUUGGUCUCCUGUUAAGGUUUAGAUGAGUUUCAUGACGUCAUGGGAAUCAGGGUCAAAUGUUGAGAUUUUUUUCCCACCCUUCAGUAGAAUGUAUAUUUUGUCACUCCUUUAAUGGGAACAUUGUUUUAUUGUUUUGUUCUUUUUCUCUUUACAGUGAGCAGAAUGCUAUAAAAUGUCUAAAUAUUCCUGUCUUUAAAUUAGCAGGGAGUGGCGUUGUCACACAAGAAAAACACUUUAGCGCUAACGAAUAAACACAGACAAACACUGAGAGACAAUAAUAAUAUGAAUAAUAAUACAUUAAAAUGUAAAAAAAUUAAUAAAAAAUUGGAUAAUGAGUAUUAAUAAAUAGAAUAAUAAAUUGACAAUGAAAUGCUAUCUAAAUGUUAAUAUUAAAAAUAGAACUAAUAAUAAUAAAUAUUAUUAUUUUUAUUAUUACAGAGCAUGCAUUAUUUAUAGAGCAUUUAUAUAGUAUUCAUACAGAAAUUUUCCCUUAGAAUACUCUAUAUUUAUAUUAAAACAGCACCUGACAGGAAGAACACUAGAAACGCAAUGCAACCGUAAAAAAGAAGUAAUCAUACAAAUGGCUAUAUAUAUAUAUAUAUAUAUAUAUAUAUAUAUAUAGAGAGAGAGAGAGAGAGAGAGAGAGAGAGAGAGAGAGAAUGAAUUGGAUGAUGAAAUCAUGUUUACUGAAAGUGGUAGCUGAUCAGGGUGUGUCUCGGGUGUCUGUUUUUCAGAAAAGACAGAAUAGUCCCAUAGAUCCAGCUUUACAUUACAGGAGAUAUACCUGCGGGGGUUUUAACAUUCCAGACCUGCACAGACUUGCCAGGGACCUGAGCCGAAGAGGUUUCAGAACAUCCCAAACAACAAAAAUCAGAUCAUUGGAGCACUGAUGUGAAAGUGCAUUCGGUGCUAUACAACAGAUUUAUUCUUCUUCUCCAGUGUUUAUAAGAUGGAUUGUUUGCUUUUCAUCGAGGCGUGGCAAAGACGCCAGUGAGUCACUGCUGAGUCGAGUCGAGUCGAGUUUUCAAUGAAAAGCAAAAUGAUGGAAAUCUGUUUUGCCUAAUACUUUAAUUAUGGAUAUGCAGAAUACUGGG